AUGUUCCCCCUCGCCUGCAUAGACGGGUACCGGCUCCCAGUCCGGCAAGAAGUCUACAUCCUGUCCAUCCUACCACUAAUCCGCGGGCCGGCGACGAUAUCCUCGGACCAGAAGCUCUCGCUCUUCGACCCGCUCAGCCUGCGGACCGGCCCUAUUCGGGACGUCGUCGCCAGCCAUGGCAACCUGACAUGCGCGGCGGCGUUCGACGCCGCAAACGCCGUUGUCUGUACCGCCGGCGAGGACGGCAGCUUGUCCAUGUGGGAUCUGAGGCUGGAGGCGCGGCAGGCCGAGGUGGCCAGGUUGACAGUCAAUGAUCACAAUGAUCUUAAUAAUCUCUCAACGGCACUUCCCGUACUCUCCCUGGCCUGCUCGAGCGAAGGGUUUACGGUUGUGGCUGGUACCGAGUUGAUGAACCACCAAGCUUCGAUAUUAGCAUGGGAUGUACGCGCAGCGCCGACGCCAAAGCUUCACUACAAGGAGGUCCAUAGCGAUGAUGUGACAGAGCUGAACUUCCACCCCAGAGACCCGAAUAUCUUGCUGUCGGGGUCAACAGACGGUCUCGUGAACAUCUAUGACACGAGGAUUACAGACGAGGAUGAGGUUGUGAUCCAAACUUUCAACCACGAUUCAUCUAUCCACCACGCAGCCUUCCUAAACGACACCGAGGUGUAUGCCCUGUCUCACGACGAGAGACUGGCGCUCUAUGACAUGGCUGAAGGGUACGAGAAGGGUGCCGCGACGACGGACUUUGGAGACAUGCGCUCCGUGCUUGGCUGCCAAUAUAUCGCCAACAUCUCUGCGAAAGCCAACGGUGCUGGAGCGGUGAUAGGUGCUGGUGCCCAUGACCAGCAAGCAUUCGAGAUGAUCCAUCUCACAAAAGGCGAAUCAGGUUGGGCCCUCGACAGGGCCAACAGCGUAGGGUUGCCCGGUGCUCAUUCGGAGGAGGUCGUUCGAAGCUUCUGCUUCUACGACGAAGCGCAGAUGGUGUUCAGUGCCGGCGAAGACGGAUGCAUCAAGGCAUGGCGAGCAAACGCAUAG